AUGGAGGAGUAUCAGCUUUUCAAACAUCUACAAGCAGGAACAAAGCAGGCUGCCCCCCUUAAUGUUUUACCAAUACCUACUUACCAAGUUACAACCGUGCCUGAUUCUUCCCACCAUGCCUCACGCUCCAAAGAAAUAAUGGUUGGAAAACAGGAUGAGUUCGACAUUAUAAAGGAGAUGCUAAUCCAACAUCCAUAUGAGCAACUAGAAAUUGUCUCCAUUAAAGGUAUGGGAGGUAUUGGUAAGACAACAUUAGAUGAUUCAUCAAUCACUUCCUACUUUGAUAAGCGAGCAUGGACUGUCGCAUCACAACAUCACAAUAAGAGGCAAAUGCUCUUAGAUCUCCUUGAUUCCAAACACGAUGCAGACAAACGCAGUGAUGGGGACCUAGCAUUACAACUCUACCAAAGUUUCAAGAAGUGUCAAAGAUACUUGGUUGUGAUAGAUGACAUAUGGAGCGCAGAGGCAUGGUAUGCUGUCAAAACUUGCUUUCCCGAUGAUGGAAAUGGUAGUCGAGUAUUGUUGACAACUCGCUUUGCAGAGGUGGCCAAUCAUAUCUGCAUCAAAGAUAACUUUUCUCAUCAAAUGCAAUUGUUAGAACAAAGAGAGAGUUGGCAACUAUUUUAUGAAAAGACAUGCAAAUCUCGGGGUGCUGAAUUUGAAACGAUUGGGAGACCAGUAGUUGAAAAAUGCAAAGGACUGCCUUUGGCAAUUAUUCUAGUUGCAGGCCUUUUUUCCAAACUCAACACUCUAGAUGAGUGGAAGAAUACUGCCAAUGCUCUAAGUUCUUCUUCAGCAACUACUCUAGAUGAUAAAGAAUGUUUGAGAAUACUCUUAUUGAGUUACAAUCAUUUGCCCCACAACUUAAAAGCUUGUUUCUUAUACUUGGGAGUUUUUCCAGAAGAUCACGAGAUCAAAACUAAUAAUCUUGCAAGGUUAUGGCUUGCUAAAGGACUCGUAAAGACAUUUGAGAAUGAAAGCUUUGAUGCAAUGGCUAACAGGAAGUUGGCAUUAUAUGGUAUAAGCUUUGAGUGGGAGGAAAUCAAUAUUCUUAGCAAGUUGCCUAGGCUAGAUGUGCUCAAGUUACGAUGGCAGUCAUGCUCAAUCAAAUUAAGGGCAUGUCGUCAUUCUGCUGUGGAAUUAGCCAAGAAAAUUCAGGACGAGCAACGUGACUAUGGAAACUACGAUAUGGUUCUUAUUGAGGAAGAAACAUUAUAUGUAAUUAAUGUUGGGGAGCUAGCUUUGUAUGCAUGUGUUCACAGCCUCUGCAAUAAUGUCUGUACUGUCCAGAUAUACAAAGUUCCUUUCCAUAUUGAGAUUGAUUUGGAGCUAGCAAGGAUUACAGCUUCCAACAGUAGUUAG